AUGCAAGCGUCCACUGCAUUGUGCCUGGCCAUGUUGGGCCAGCAGAGCUGCCACUACGUUUCCCGGGUUGAGCUCGUUGUUUCCAGAACCUCGGCCAGCAUCGCCCUUCUCAUGAUGCUCCCACUAGUGUUGAUGUUUGUCGUGGACUUGACGGUGUACUCUGUCCAGACGUUGUUGCGCUACACGUGGCCACGCUGGGCCGCCGUUGUUGCCAGAUACACUGCGCCAUUCACGGAUUUGGCCGUCAAGGUCAAGAGCCAGAAUAUGGUGAGAAGGUUGCUCAAGACAUGGCGGGUGCCCGAGGCGCCUGGGCGCCACUUCAGGUUCACGUGGUUGGCCCGAACCGACAGAGCAGAGCACUAG